AUGUCUGGUUCUGCUCAGGUCCGGGAAGGUUAUGGGCCCAAUCUAGACCUGUGUCCGGAGGGGACGUGUCUGGGCCUCCUGCUGGACUCCUCGGGGGGGCUGCACCUCUAUAUCAAUGGAUUGGAUCAGGGUGUCGGGGCCCAGGACCUACCGGAGCUGUGCUACGUCAUAGUGGACCUGUACGGACAAUGUGAGCAGGUCUCCAUAAUGACGGGGGAGGCGCAGGGGGCGGAGUCUGAUACUCAUGAAGGCCAUCUUCCUGGAGAGCGGGAGAAGGCAGACAUGGUGGACGGGGUGAAGGAGAGUGUGUGCUGGGCCCCCCCGGAUCCGCUCACCCUGCUGAGCUGUGAAUACCUCGCUCUGUGUAUGAGGUUCAGGGAUUCUCUGCUGCUUCCAG